AUGGCUCAACCACCUGCUAGCAAUCGCUCGAAUGCUCAACUUUCGGUAAUAAGCAAUCACUCCGGCAUGUCGAAACGAGACGACUAUGAAUCAUCCUCAGAGAUGGACGCGAUGAGCCAUACUUCAGAUCAUCACAUUCGCUCAGCUGCUGGUUCACCCGUUCCGCCUCAGACUCCGAAUGCUACCUCGGCUACCGCAAACCUAUCUGGUCUGGUCUGCAAUGUACAUCGCACUACUGGAAGAGAGCCUCAUCCUCUUGUCGGAGCUACAACCACCAUACUCGGCGACAAGAUGUACGUCUUUGGUGGUCGCAAGAUCUCAAAAUCUCGCCCUACUUUGACCUCGGAUCUCUACGAGCUUGACCUUCCCCGUAGGCAUUGGUCCAAGAUUGAGACCAAAGGUGACGUCCCACCUCCGAGAUAUUUCCACAGCGUGUGUGCCCUUGGAGACAACAAACUCGUAUGCUAUGGAGGUAUGUCGCCCGAGGGUGGACCUACAGCCCAGAACGAGUCUCCGGACGCCCAGGUCAGCGUCAUGUCUGAUGUGCACAUCUACGAUAUACCCUCACAUACAUGGACACGGAUCAGCACCGGAGAAGCACCGCAAGGCCGCUAUGCCCAUUGCGCAGCUAUUCUCCCAUCAGGAGCAGUCUUUUCUUCCUCUAAUGCGCCUCUGUCCGCAAUACACCAUAACCCUUCGGGAGCCCAACCAAAUUCGGGUUCGAUUGGCGUGGAACUAGACGGCAGGGGUGGUGCUGAGAUGAUUGUUGUUGGUGGCCAGGAUAGUGGCAACCAUUACAUUGAGCAAAUCAGUGUCUUCAACUUACGCAGCUUGAAAUGGACUUCAACCAAGCCUAUUGGAGGUCGAAGCUGUGGUGCAUACAGAUCUGUCGUCACACCUUUGGUCAGCAUGGAGAGCACCAAGGUCGGUGCAGGGCAUGAAGCAUCCAUCGACGACUAUGACGAUGACGAUGAGGACGAUGACAGCGACCUGAAUUCAUCUGGUUCUGCUAUGCUCAUCUACACUAAUUAUAACUUCCUCGAUGUCAAGCUCGAGCUUCAGGUUCGCAAUCGCGAGGGUACACUCGUUGACAAACAAAUGCAGGGCACGGUAACACCUCCUGGACUUCGAUUCCCUACUGGUGGUGUGAUUGGCAACAACUUUGUUGUGGCCGGCACUUUCUUGACUUCCUCUAAGCAAGAGUUCUCUCUAUGGGCUCUUGACCUUCGGUCAUUGACUUGGGCCCGCAUCGACAGUGGAAGCAGCAUAUUCAGUCAAGGAAGCUGGAAUCGAGGUGUCCUAUGGGAGCGCAGAAACUCUUUCAUUAUCCUCGGAAAUCGCAAGCGAAACCUUGUUGAUGACUACAAUAACCGCCGCCUAAACUUCAACAAUAUGUGUGUCGUUCAGCUUGAAGCCUUCGGAUUAUACGAUAACCCCAGAAAAGCCUGGCCUACUUCGGAUUACGUAUCAGCGAGUGCUCCACAAUACCAACCAGGCUCUGAAGGCUCUGCAGGUGGAAGAAGGCUAUACAGCGGUGCGGAGGAGUUGGGCGAGAUGAUGCUUCAAUCACGAGAGCUCUGUGAUAUGGACUUCCUUGCUAUUGAUGGCACCCGUAUUCCAGUCAAUUCGCGCCUCAUAGGGCGUAGAUGGGGACCAUUCUUCAACCAACUUCUCCGCGAAAGUGCUGGUCCUAACGAGAGUGGCGAGACUGCGACCCUCAGACCAGCUACAAUGGCUUCUCGCAAUUCCAGCAUCACCAUUACACCGACGCUGACUUCAAAUGGAUCAACACUUACAGCCAAUAGCGUGACUGGUACCAUGAUGACACUGGAACCGGCUGAUGUCAGGAACUUGCCACCUAAUUCACGUCCAAGAACAUUGUAUCUUCCCCACACUGUCCCGGCACUCCAAGCACUAAUCCAUUACCUCUACACUGGUUCGCUUCCUCAACAACCAUCACAUCUUGCGACACCUCAAAUCUUCUGUUCGCUGCUUCAGCUUGCUCGUCCCUACGAGAUUGACGGUCUGGCUGAAGAAGUCACAGAGCGGCUACACGAAACACUGGAUGGUCGUAACGCCGCAGCCAUCUUCAAUGCUGCAGCCAUGGCAGCUGGUGGCGGCCAAGGUGUUGUCUUCAAAGACAUCAAUACCAGUGUACACCCACCUCGCGUGCAGAGUCUCGGAGGCAUCGAGGCCUUGUCUAUCAAUGGCGGAGGUGGCCGCAACCCGUUGCGCGUCGAUACUGAGAUGGCCAAUGGACGUACCACCCGCUCGACCUUGCGUGGAGAAAGCUUGACUGAAGAGGACGAAGAUGUCCCAGACUCUGCCUCGACAGCUGGAUCAACGUACAGCAUCACGAGUAGCCGUCAAGGUGGCCACGAUGAUGAUGAGAUUUGGAAUGGUGGUCAGAGUCAUGUCAUUGGAUUGCAGAAGCGCGGAUUGCGUGGUCUUAUGGAAGGUCGCCGCAUUCGUGAACGAGGCCGUAGCGAUGGAACGGGUACGGCUAGCAGCGUUACAGCUAGCAGUGUUACUGGCAGCAGCAUGACGGGUGGAAGUGUGGCCAGCGGUAGCAUUAGCGGGCCCUCAGAUCCCAAGGGUCUCGGCUUGGGUAUCUCGUAG